AACUCUCUAGAGGAGCAGUUUAGUUCAGUCCAGAACUAGUUGGAAGUUCAACAGUGAGCUGUGUGGAAACUCUCUCUCUUUCUGCCUUUCUAACUGCAACCUGUGAGCAGUAUUACCGAGGUGGGAUCCGAGGUUCGCCAUGGUGUGGGACCUCUGCACGACCCAACAGUUGCAGCUUAAGAGCCUGUAACCUCUCCCACCCACGAGGACAAAGGCAGCAGAUGAGUGGUGACACUGCCAUUGGGAAGUCACAGACUUGGAGCUAGAUCAUCAUUCCUCCACUGCAAGGCAAACCAUCUGCAGAAUCUGUAGUUAUUUAGAUUACGCUAUGUCAGGAGUGGGAUCUGUCCUUCAGCAGUUUGUCAGUGGAUUGAAGAGUCGGAGCGAAGAGACUCGGGCUAAAGCUGCUAAGGACCUGCAGCAUUAUGUCACCACUGAACUUCGUGAGGUCAACCAAGAGGAAGUCACUUCUUUCUACGAUGAAUUGAACCACCAUAUUUUUGAACUUGUUUCCAGUUCCGAUGUGAAUGAAAGGAAAGGAGGAAUCUUGGCAAUUGUGAGUCUGAUUGGAGUUGAAGGAGGAAAUGCCACCCGAAUUACACGCUUUGCCAAUUACUUGCGUAACCUGCUCCCUUCCAGUGAUCCUGUUGUUAUGGAAAUGGCUUCAAAAGCAAUGGGCCGCCUUUCCAUGGCUGGUGAUACCUUUACAGCUGAAUAUGUUGAAUUUGAAGUCAAACGUGCACUUGAAUGGUUAGGAGCGGAUCGUAAUGAGGGAAGACGACAUGCUGCUGUUUUGGUGUUGCGGGAAUUGGCUGUUAGCGCACCUACAUUUUUCUUCCAACAAGUGCAGGCAUUUUUUGACAAUAUAUUCUAUGCAGUCUGGGACUCAAAGCAGGCCAUAAGGGAAGGUGCUGUUGCUGCCUUGCGUGCUUGUCUAAUUCUUACUACUCAGAGGGAGACCAAAGAAAUGCAGAAGCCCCAGUGGUACAGGCAAACCUUUGAAGAAGCCGAGAAGGGUUUUGAUGAAACUUUAGCUAAAGAGAAAGGCAUGAAUCGUGACGAUCGUAUACAUGGUGCUUUGCUUAUUUUAAAUGAACUGAUCCGAAUAAGCAGCAUGGAGGGAGAGCGCUUGCGUGAGGAGAUGGAGGACAUUACCCAACAGCAGUUAGUACAUGAUAAGUACUGCAAGGAGUUGAUGGGAUUUGGGGCUAAACCCCGUCACAUUACAUCCUUCACAAGUUUCCAGUCUGCACAGCCCCAACAAUCAAAUGCACUUCUCGGACUUCUUGGAUACAAUACACCACAGGGCAUUACAGUAUUUGGAACAACACCUGCUCCAUCUAAGCCAACUUUGGUGGAAAGCAGGUACUGCCGUGAACACAUGGAAGUACGGUUUGAACAGGUGACUCGUUGGGUCUUGAAGUAUCGUAGUAGUAAGAAUCCACUGAUUCAAAUGGCUAUUUUAAACCUGAUUCCUCGACUUGCUGCUUUCCAGCCCCAUUUAUUCACAGAACAACACCUGUUUGACUCCGUGAAUCAUCUACUUGGUUGUCUGAAGAAAGAAAAGGAACGUGCUGCUGCAUUCCAGGCACUUGGUCUACUGGUGGUUGCUGUAAGAGUGGAAAUUAAUCCAUAUCUGCAGAGGAUCCUAGAAAUUUUAAAAGGCGCACUCCCACCGAAGGACUUUGCACACAAGAGGCAAAAGGCUGUUCAAGUGGAUGCAACAGUAUUUACUUGUAUCUGUAUGAUCGCUAGAGCCAUAGGACCAGCUAUCCAGCAAGACCUUAAAGAACUACUGGAGCAAAUGCUUGCUGUUGGACUCAGCCCCGCUCUGACUGCUGUCCUGCAUGAUCUAAGUCGACAAAUACCGCAACUGAAGAAGGAUAUCCAAGAUGGCUUACUGAAAAUGUUGUCACUGGUACUGAUGCAUAAACCUCUUCGACAUCCAGGCAUGCCCAAAAGUCUAGCCCAUCAGCUCGCACCCCCUAGCUUAACUAACAUUCCUGAAGCAAGUGAUGUUGGAUGCAUAACUCUUGCUCUUCGCACUUUAGGAAACUUUGAAUUUGAAGGUCACUCACUUACCCAGUUUGUCAGGCAUUGUGCAGACCAUUUCCUUAACAGUGAGCACAAAGAGAUUCGAAUGGAAGCAGCUCGAACUUGUUCACGACUGUUAACUCCAUCAGUCCAUCUCAUCAGUGGACAUGGGCAUGUUGUCAGCCAGACAGCUGUUCAGGUGGUGGCAGAUGUACUUAGUAAACUCCUUGUGGUUGGAAUUACUGAUCCAGAUCCUGAUAUUCGUUACUGUGUAUUGGCCUCUUUGGAUGAACGAUUUGAUGCUCAUUUAGCACAGGCUGAAAACCUACAAGCUCUUUUUGUGGCUCUGAAUGAUGAAGUGUUUGAAAUUCGAGAGCUUGCUAUCUGCACUAUUGGGAGACUGAGUAGCAUGAAUCCUGCAUUUGUGAUGCCUUUUCUUCGCAAAAUGCUAAUACAGAUUUUAACUGAAUUAGAACACAGUGGAGUAGGCCGAAACAAAGAGCAAAGUGCCCGAAUGCUGGGCCACCUGGUUUCAAAUGCUCCCCGCCUUAUCCGCCCAUACAUGGAACCUAUUCUCAAGGCUUUAAUCUUAAAAUUGAAGGAUCAUGAUCCAAACCCUGGUGUAAUUGUCAGUGUUCUGGCUACUAUAGGUGAACUUGCCCAGGUGAGUGGACUGGAAAUGCGAAAGUGGAUGGAUGAAUUAUUUCCUAUCAUCAUGGACAUGCUCCAGGACUCCUCUUCACUUGCAAAAAGACAGGUGGCGCUGUGGACCUUAGGACAACAGGUUGCCUGCACAGGGUAUGUGGUAGAACCAUACAGGAAAUAUCCAUCUCUCCUUGAAGUUCUACUGAACUUUCUUAAGACUGAACAAAACCAAGGCAUUCGGAGAGAGGCUAUCCGUGUGUUGGGGCUAUUGGGUGCCUUAGAUCCAUACAAGCACAAAGUUAAUAUUGGGAUGAUUGACCAGUCGCGUGAUGCCUCUGCUGUCAGUCUGUCAGAAUCUAAAUCAAACCAGGAUUCAGCUGAUUACAGCACUAGUGAAAUGUUGGUGAAUAUGGGGAAUUUGCCAUUGGAUGAGUUCUACCCAGCUGUUGCUGUAGUGACCCUCAUGCGUAUCCUGCGAGACACAUCACUCUCAAACCACCAUACAAUGGUUGUUCAGGCAGUCACCUUUAUCUUCAAAUCUCUGGGUUUAAAAUGUGUCCAGUUCCUGCCUCAGGUCAUGCCCACGUUUCUGAAUGUUAUUCGAGUCUGUGAUGCCAAUACACGAGAGUUCUUGUUCCAACAGCUGGGAAUGCUUGUAUCAUUCGUGAAAAUUCACAUCCGACCUUACAUGGAUGACAUAUUUGCUUUGAUAAAAGAAUAUUGGACGCCUAACAACCAAAUGCAGAAUACGAUCAUCCUGGUUAUUGAACAGAUUGUUGUGGCUUUAGGAGGAGAGUUUAAGCUUUAUCUGCCACAACUGAUUCCUCACAUGCUGCGUGUCUUCAUGCAUGACACCAGUUCAGGUCGCAGUGUUACAAUCAAGUUACUAAAUGCAAUACAGCUUUUUGGAGCGAAUCUGGAUGAUUAUCUGCACCUUUUGCUCCCUCCAAUUGUUAAACUGUUUGACGGACAGGAAGUACCGCCAGGACCUAGAAAGGUUGCCUUGGAGACUUUGGAUCGUCUGACAGAAUCCUUGGACUUCACAGAUUAUGCCUCCAGGAUUAUUCAUCCAAUAGUGCGCACGCUUGACUGUACUCCUGAGUUGCGUCAGACUGCGAUGGACACACUUUCCUCAUUGGUGUUUCAACUUGGAAAAAAGUAUCAAAUAUUUAUUCCUAUGGUGAACAAGGUGAUGUUGCGUCACAGGAUAAAUCAUCAGCGAUAUGAUGUUUUAAUAUGCCGCAUUGUUAAGGGUUACACCUUAGCUGAAGAAGAGGAAGAUCCUAUUAUUUUUCAGCACCGGGCAUCUCGAGGCAAUCAGGGAGACACAUUGUCUAGUGGACCAGUGGAAACUGGCCCGAUGAAGAAAUUGCACGUCAGCACUACCAACUUGCAGAAGGCUUGGGGAGCUGCCAGAAGAGUUUCUAAAGAUGACUGGAUGGAAUGGCUGAGGCGAUUAAGUGUGGAACUGCUUAAAGAAUCCCCAUCACCUGCACUCCGCUCAUGUUGGUCUCUAGCUCAGGCCUAUAAUCCUUUAGCUAGAGACUUGUUUAAUGCAGCUUUCCUAUCCUGUUGGUCAGAACUGCAUGAAGCACAGCAAGAUGAAUUGAUCAGAAGUAUUGAGCAGGCUCUGACUUCUCAAGACAUCGCCGAGGUCACCCAGACUCUUUUGAAUCUUGCAGAGUUCAUGGAGCACAGUGACAAGGGCCCUCUACCACUGAGAGAUGAUAAUGGCAUUGUCCUCCUUGGAGAAAGAGCAGCCAAAUGUCGUGCUUAUGCCAAAGCCUUACAUUAUAAGGAGUUGGAGUUCCAGAAAGGUCCCUGUCCAGCAAUUCUAGAAUCAUUAAUCAGUGACACAUUUUCAUAUCUUUUUCCAUCUGGAGGGACUUGGAGACGACUACAGUGGUCAGGUGGAAUCCAGACGUGCCCAUCAGCAAACCUCAUAAACAACAAAUUGCAGCAGCCUGAGGCAGCCGCUGGAGUCCUGGAAUAUGCCAUGAAACACUAUGGGGAGUUGGAGAUCCAAGCAACAUGGUAUGAGAAGCUUCAUGAAUGGGAAGAUGCCUUGGUUGCGUAUGACAAGAAGAUGGACAUGAACAAGGAUGAUCCGGAGCUCGUCCUUGGAAGAAUGCGCUGUUUGGAAGCGCUUGGUGAAUGGGGACAGCUCCAUCAGCAGUGUUGUGAAAAGUGGACAAUGGUAUGUGAGGACACACAAGCAAAAAUGGCAAGAAUGGCAGCUGCAGCUGCAUGGGGACUAGGUCAUUGGGACAGUAUGGAAGAGUAUGCUUGUAUGAUUCCAAGGGAUACUCAUGAUGGUGCCUUCUAUAGAGCUGUGUUGGCAUUACAUCAGGACCUCUUCUCCUUAGCCCAGCAGUGCAUUGACAAGGCCAGAGAUUUGCUCGAUACAGAGCUAACUGCUAUGGCUGGAGAGAGCUACAGCCGUGCCUAUGGGGCCAUGGUCUCCUGUCAGAUGCUGUCAGAACUGGAAGAGGUCAUCCAAUAUAAACUGGUUCCAGAGCGGAGGGAGAUCAUCAGGCAAACCUGGUGGGAGCGACUUCAGGGCUGUCAGCAGAUAGUAGAAGACUGGCAACGAAUCCUAAUGGUUCGCUCCCUUGUCAUUGGUCCACAUGAAGAUAUGAGGACUUGGUUAAAGUAUGCAAGUCUCUGUGGCAAGAAUGGACGUUUGGCCCUUGCUCAUAAGACCCUGGUACAGCUGCUUGGUGUAGAUCCUUCAAAGCAUCUUGAUCAACCUCUGUCCACAGUUCACCCCCAUGUCACCUAUGCUUACAUGAAGUACAUGUGGAAGAGUACCCGCAAGAUUGAAGCUUUCCAACAUAUGCAACAUUUUGUCCAGAACAUGCAACAACAAGCUCAGCAUGCUAUAGCUGCAGAAGAUCAGCAGCACAAACAGGAGCUGCACAAACUCAUGGCACGAUGUUUUCUGAAGCUGGGUGAAUGGCAGCUAAAUCUUCAGGGAAUCAAUGAGAGCACCAUUCCCAAGGUCCUUCAGUACUACAGCGCUGCAACAGAACAUGACCGAAACUGGUAUAAAGCAUGGCAUGCCUGGGCUGUGAUGAAUUUUGAGGCUGUCCUCCACUACAAACAUCAAAAUCAAGCUCGUGAUGAGAAAAAGAAACUGAGACAUGCCAGCGGUGCCAGUGCAAACAGCGAAGCUAGCAACAGCGAGAGUGAGGGAGACAGCAAUGAAAACAGCCCUGUACCAUCACCAGUGCAGAAGAAAGUAAAUGAGGAGCUGUCUAAGACAUUACUGCUGUACACAGUGCCUGCUGUUCAGGGCUUCUUCCGCUCCAUUGCUCUCUCAAGAGGAAACAAUCUACAAGAUACUCUCAGAGUUCUAACGCUGUGGUUUGAUUAUGGACAUUGGCCCGAUGUGAACGAAGCUCUGGUUGAGGGGAUCAAAACAAUUCAGAUUGAUACCUGGCUUCAGGUAAUCCCUCAACUCAUUGCAAGAAUCGAUACACCACGUGCCUUAGUGGGUCGACUUAUUCACCAGCUUCUGACAGACAUUGGUAGAUACCAUCCACAGGCUCUGAUUUACCCACUCACUGUUGCAUCCAAGUCCACUACUCCUGCUCGUCACAGCGCUGCUAAUAAGAUCCUGAAGAAUAUGUGUGAGCAUAGCAACACACUAGUCCAACAGGCCAUGAUGGUGAGUGAGGAGCUUAUUCGUGUUGCUAUUCUGUGGCAUGAAAUGUGGCAUGAAGGCUUGGAGGAGGCAUCAAGACUUUAUUUUGGAGAACGAAAUGUGAAAGGAAUGUUUGCUGUUCUUGAGCCUCUGCACGCCAUGAUGGAGCGGGGUCCACAAACUCUGAAAGAAACAUCCUUUAACCAGGCAUAUGGCAGGGACUUAAUGGAGGCUCAAGAAUGGUGCCGCAAGUAUAUGAGAUCAGCCAAUGUGAAGGAUCUAACCCAAGCUUGGGACCUUUACUAUCAUGUAUUCCGACGCAUUUCAAAGCAGCUUCCACAGCUCACCUCACUUGAACUCCAGUAUGUAUCACCAAAGCUGUUGAUGUGCCGUGACUUAGAAUUGGCAGUACCAGGAACUUAUGAUCCCAAUCAGCCAAUCAUCCGUAUUCAGUCAAUAGCUCCCUCACUUCAGGUUAUAACCUCCAAACAGCGGCCAAGGAAGCUAACCAUCAUGGGCAGUAAUAGUCACGAAUUCAUGUUCUUGCUAAAGGGUCAUGAAGACCUGCGUCAGGAUGAAAGGGUGAUGCAGCUUUUUGGAUUGGUGAACACCUUGCUGGCAAAUGACCCAGCAUCUCUUCGGAAGAACCUCAGUAUUCAGAGAUAUGCUGUCAUUCCUCUAUCCACGAAUUCUGGUCUAAUUGGCUGGGUCCCACACUGUGACACACUCCACGCUCUUAUUCGAGACUACCGAGAGAAGAAAAAGAUUCUGCUGAACAUUGAGCACCGCAUCAUGCUCAGGAUGGCUCCAGACUAUGAUCACCUCACCUUGAUGCAAAAGGUCGAGGUCUUUGAACAUGCAGUGAAUAAUACAGCGGGAGAUGAUCUAGCCAAGUUACUGUGGCUGAAGAGUCCCAGCUCAGAGGUGUGGUUUGACCGAAGAACCAACUACACACGCUCCUUAGCUGUGAUGUCAAUGGUGGGUUACAUCCUGGGGCUAGGAGAUCGACAUCCAUCCAACUUGAUGCUGGACAGGCUUAGUGGAAAAAUCUUGCACAUUGACUUUGGUGACUGUUUUGAGGUUGCUAUGACCAGGGAGAAAUUCCCAGAGAAGAUUCCAUUCAGACUGACCAGAAUGUUAACCAAUGCCAUGGAGGUUACAGGAUUGGAUGGGAACUAUCGAAUCACAUGUCACACGGUGAUGGAAGUGCUUCGGGAGCACAGGGACAGUGUCAUGGCUGUACUUGAGGCCUUUGUUUAUGACCCCUUGUUAAAUUGGAGGCUUAUGGACACAAACAUUAAAGGUAACAAACGAUCCAGGACAAGGACAGACUCCUACUCAAAUAGUCAAACAGCUGAAUUGCUCGAUGGGGUAGAACUUGGAGAAACUACACAUAAGAAACCAGGUACUACCGUGCCUGAAUCCAUCCAUUCUUUCAUUGGGGAUGGUUUGGUGCAGCCUGAGGCCUUGAACAAAAAAGCAAUUCAGAUCAUUAACAGAGUCAGAGACAAGCUCACAGGUCGUGACUUUGCACAUGAUGAGACUUUGGAUGUUCCGACUCAGGUAGAGCUGCUAAUUAAACAAGCAACAUCCCACGAAAACCUCUGUCAGUGCUAUAUUGGAUGGUGUCCCUUUUGGUGAAGCAACUUUGGAAUCAGCAGGACAACAUCUCAUGUUGAAACUGGAUUCCUGUUAAACAAGCCAUAUUUAAUAUAGCUUCCAAUCCUGCCAGAUGUGGCAAUUAAACCAUGUAGCCAAAUAGUGUAAUUUGGUAGCCUGUAACCUGCAUCCUACAAGGCAGACCUAACCUUCGAAACGCACAGAUAUGACACCCUAAGCUGUGGAAGAUUUCCCAGAACAAGUUGGUGCUUUUCCGGCCAGUUUGAGCUGAGUGACAUGUUCUGAGGGCUGAGCUGGUCACCAAGUACUGACAGACUGAACAUCACUCAUGUAAAUAAUAAGAAUGUUUCUAGUGCUAAACUAAUCACAUGUAGCUAAGCACACCGAAUGAAGUAUAGAGCUUGUAACUAUCGUGGAAUGCGUAUGAUUUCUGGCCAGUCAUUGAGACAAUGAACUGUUAUUGUAAAAUACCAAUAAAGAUGUCAAUCCAGAAUUA